AUGGCGCGCUCAUCUGAUCCCAGAAGCCCAUUGAGGCAUCAGAGCGUCUUCCACAUGUCGAAACACGCGCGAGCAAAGUAUAUUGAAACGUUUGUUUCGCAACGUUCCUCGCCUCUCCGUGAUCAGCUGACCGAGGGAAUAACCUCGCCAGAAGAAAUCCAGACAGACUGCUGCGAUGGUUGCAAGCUUGGCCUAGUCAGUGGAAACAUGGGGAUUGGAUGCAACUCACGAUUUACAUUUGCUUCCCAUGGGACUCUGCCUAUUUCCACUGUUCUGUUGCUGCUAGAUCCUCAGCAGCCAGCUUAUGGGGGCGGCAGUAGCAGUGCUGUUGACUUCAACACGCUUUAUCCGAGUGUCACCGACCCAGUUGGUUUGGUCCCAGAAUCAGAAGAUCUCUGUGCUAGGUUCCCGGGGAAGUUGUGUGCCCAUGUGUGUGUCCCAACCCCAGGCUCUUACAGAUGCCAGUGCCGAGCUGGCUUCACCCUCUCUGUGGAUGGCAAGACGUGCAUCCAGGAAGCUGUUACUGAUAGAUGUCAGAUCAACAACCCUUGUGCCCACAUUUGCAGAGAUACAGGAAUUUCGAUUGAAUGCUUAUGUAAUCCUGGCUAUGCAUUGGCACGCGAUCAGAGAUCUUGUGAAGAUGUCAACGAGUGCGUCACUGGUCUCAAUGGCUGUGUGGACGGAGAACAGGUUUGUUACAACGAAAUCGGCUCCUACUCCUGCAUCAACGCCGACGGCUCCUUCUCCAGCCCCGGCUCCUUGCAAGGCAUCGGAGGGCAUUCCAUCGGCGGGCUCGCAGGGGACGGCCAGAUAGGGGCGCCGCUGGGACCCUAUGACCUGGGAAGAGUGUCGGAACAGGGCCACUUUCUGCGCUGUUACCUCGGGUUUGUGUGGCCACGGGGUAUCUGCCAGAACACCAUUGGCUCUUACACCUGCACACAGAUCCCCGGGGUUGACUGUCCCCCUGGGUUUGCUUUUGAUUUGAACCUUCAGUCUUGUUUGGAUGUGGAUGAAUGCAUCCUGCAGACAGAUAACUGCAACAGAACAUCGCAUUUUUGUGUGAACACUCGCGGCAGCUUCACUUGCCAGCAGAAAAGCGGCCCCACAGACUGCAUUGCUGGCUAUAAGUACAGUGCUGAGCAGAAGAUAUGUAUAGAUGUGGACGAAUGCGACGAAAAUUUACAUGGCUGUGAGCCGGAAAAGGAACAGUGCCGGAACACCGACGGGGCUUACGAAUGCGACGAGAAAUGUGACGAAGGUUUCCAGUUCAGCCUUGCUCUGAGGACGUGCGUUGAUGUCGACGAAUGUGUUGAGGGUCUGCACACCUGUCAUCCAGAAACAGAAAUCUGCAUUAACGAGAUUGGCAAAUACCGUUGUGAAGCACUUAGUAUCAAUGAAGUUGAUUUUGGUGUUAACCCAUAUGAAGCUCUUCCUCGAGCCACGUUUCAGCCACCAGUUCAGGAGUGCGCUGAAGGCUUUGGUUAUGAUCUUAACACAAAGAGAUGUCUUGAUGUUGAUGAAUGCGGGGCUGGUCUGCACAACUGUACCUUGUCCAUCGAACGCUGUAUCAACACUCUAGGGGGCUUCAUAUGCAGACCAAGAAGAAGGUGUAAUGCUGGAUUUGCACCUGAUCCAGUCACUGGAAGAUGUAAAGACGUGGAUGAAUGCUUGGCUGGCGUGGCCAAGUGCCUUCCUGGCGAGAUCUGCAUCAACACCGAGGGAGCCUUUGAGUGCCGUGUUGAGUGUCAGGAUGGCUUCAGAUAUGAUCCUACAGACCCAGCCGACGUGGAACCCGGUGUGUUAACACUGAAGGCUCUUAUAGAUGCACUCUUUCAACUACCACAACUGCAACAUCAUCACCAGCUGUCACUACAAGCCCGGGACCAACUCCCUGUCCAGAAGGUUUUGGGAGAAAUCCAAACAGUCUACAAUGUGAAGCGUUCACUCGAAAGCUAUAUGGACAGACUGAGAAUGCAGGAAUGUGAUCAGGGGUUUGCCUUGCUGUCACCAACCGAUUUAAUAGUACUCAACAAUCAGAUAAUCUCUUUAGGACUGUGGGCCGCCUUCAAACGUGAAGUGGUUGUUGUAGUGUACAAGUCCAUUGCUGGAUGCUUAAAAAAAGGCAGAUUUUCAUUUCUGAGAUACCAGAGACCACAGAUGUGUUGCAUAGCUUGCCUGGCGAGAGACCGCUUUGCAAUCCCUCCUCUGCGACCCACCGCUUGGGAACUGAUCGGGAUCAUAGUGGUGGUUCUCAGUUUAUUUAGCGGGGGUGCAAAGGCCUUCUGUUUCGAGACUGGAUUUGAAUGGACCAGGAUCUGGACUUACAUGGUGGUCAUGGAGAACCUGCCAGUCUAUUUGUGUUCAAGACUGCCGAAGCUCGAGAUAUCCUGGACAUAUUCAAGAACACUGCAGUUUGCUGCUAUGGUUUCACAUGAAGUGUGUAUUUUACAUAUUUCUGUGCAAAUCUGUUUCAUAGAGAAGAUGAAGGCCCAAUGGGACAAGAACUACUGGAAUAAGUGUGGAUGUUCUGCCUCCUGGACUCCUGUGUGCAGUGGACAACCAAAGGGCCGUAAAGAGGACGAGGGGCUGCCAGUGAGCCACUUUGGAGAAGUACUGUUCCUUGAUUCUCCGAUUGCACUCUUCAGCUUCUGUGAUCAAAUAGUUAUAUUAAUUUCAACAACUUUGCCAAAAUACCUAUGGCUCAUAUAUUUGCAUUUGGCCCCAUGUGAUGAAGGUUACCGGAGGGAUCCAAAUACCAACGUUUGCCGUGAUAUUAAUGAGUGUGAUGAAGGAAGUGACACAUGCCAAGUUGGUGUUGAGGAAUGUGUCAACACACAGGGAGGCCACACAUGUCGGGCAAAACCAUGUCCAGUUGGAAGAAAAAGGGAUCCUUCAAACCCUAGACGUUGCACUGAUAUCAAUGAGUGCGAAACAACACCCUGUGGGCCAGAGGAGCAAUGCAUUAAUACAUUUGGGUCUUAUCAGUGCCGACGCCUAGCUCCUUGUCGUCCAGGCUUCAGAAGAAAUAGUGAAAGCAGGCAAUGUGAAGACAUUGAUGAAUGUGAAGAAAAUGAUCUCUGUGAGGAAAAUGAACGGUGUGUGAACACGAGAGGAAGCUACAGAUGUCGUACUCUUGAAUGCAGUACAGGAUAUCAGCGUGACAUAUUUGGACGCUGCAGAGAUAUUAAUGAAUGUGAGACUGGGGAACAUAAUUGUCAUGCUUCCAAAGAGGAAUGCAUCAACACACAAGGGAGCUUUAGAUGCAAGAUUUUGCCAAAUUGCACACAAGGGUUUAUAAGGGAUCCAGACACCCAGAAAUGCGUUGAUGUUGACGAGUGUAAGGAGGGGACACAUGAUUGCCGUGGUGGCGAGAGAUGCUACAACCAAUACGGCCAUUAUACCUGCAGUGGCUCCCCAGCUGAUUGCACAAAAGGGUUCAGGUACUCGUCUUCAGAUAGACGGUGUCAUGAUAUUGACGAGUGUACUGAAAAUAUUGACUCCUGUGAAUGGUCCACACAAACAUGUGUCAACACUGUGAGCAGUUAUAGGUGCAUUGAUCAACAACCAACAUGUGACUUUGGCUAUAGGUAUGACCAUGAACAGAGGGCAUGCAUAGAUAUAGAUGAAUGCGGUGAGAAAAAAGAUGAUUGUGAGGAUGGUCAAUACUGUGUUAACACUUUGGGAUCCUAUCAGUGUCACACCCAUGGGACUGCUAGCCAGACAUGCCAUCCUGGAUUUACUUUCAAUAGGACAGCGAGAGUGUGCAUGGAUAUUGAUGAAUGCUCGGAGGGAAUUCAUGAUUGCUCAGCAUCAGAGGAAUGUGUCAACCGGAGAGGGGAUUAUGCUUGUCGCCCAAAAGAGGAGGUGUCCAAUUCUGUAACCACAGUUCCAAGCAGGGAAAAGGAGGGUUCUGACACUAAUGAAUUGGAUCAAACACAGGAGUCUGGAGGCAGUGGCAAUAGUAAAAGACUUCGCUGCCAAAAUGGUUUUCGUUACAAUAGAAGACGAAGGGUUUGUGUAGAUAUUGAUGAAUGUAAUGACAACCCAUGCAGUAGAGAAUUUGAGGUCUGUGAAAAUACCCAGGGCUCAUACAAAUGUUCAUGCCGGGAAGGUUUCCAAAGAAGUUCAUCUACUGGCGAAUGCAUAGAUCUAAAUGAAUGCCAGCUUGGUUUACACAACUGUGAAACAACACAAAGAUGUGACAACACUAUUGGCUCUUAUGCUUGUAUACGCAUUGCUGGAUGUGGUACAGGAUACACUUUGAAUCACAAUACAGGAGAGUGUGAUGAUGAUGAUGAGUGUGAGCUAAAUACUCAUGACUGUGAUCAGCUGGGGCCAAAGUAUGAGUGUUUCAACAUAAAGGGCUCAUUCCGUUGUGUAAAGAAGAUAUGCCCAAAUUUACAAGUCCUCAGCUUUAAUGGAACAUGUGUAGAUCUGGCAUGCAAUCCUGGCUUUCAGCCUGUUCAACAUGGGUGUAUUGAUAUUAAUGAGUGUGAGGAAAGAAUAUCUCCUUGCCGACGUAAUGAAAGGUGCCUCAACACCCAUGGGUCGUACCGCUGCCGCCCCCUUUUGAACUGCGGGGUUGGAAUAAUUAAUGAGAUUGGAAAUCAGUGUGUUGAUAUAGAUGAAUGUGCUGAUGGUAGUCAUCAGUGUACAGGAAAUCAACUGUGUUCCAAUCGCCAAGGCAGCUACAUAUGUCAGUGUCCUCCUGGUUAUAGACUCAAUAGUUUGCGACAGUGUCAAGAUGUAAAUGAAUGUGAAUCUUACUUCGGGAAUAUAUGUUCAAAUACAGCCGUGUGUGAAAAUACAGAAGGUUCUUACCGCUGUAACUGCAAGAAAGGCUUCAAACACAAAGCAGAUGGGCUUGCUUGUGAAGAUGUGGAUGAAUGCACUGAAGUGGACGGAAUCUGUCAUCACAAUUGUAUCAAUGUUUGGGGGUCAUAUCAGUGUACAUGUCAACCAGGAUUUACCAUUGCAAGGGAUAACAGGACAUGUACAGACAUAGAUGAGUGUUCAGAAUACCGUGGUCGAGGACGGCUUUGUAUUGGUAUCUGUGUAAAUACCCCAGGGACAUUCAAGUGCUCUUGUCCUGAUGGUUAUCAGUUAGCAUCAGAUGGUCACACUUGCAAAGACAUUGAUGAAUGUGAAACUGAAUCACCUUGUCGAGGGGAAAAUGAAGUAUGUGUCAAUACACGUGGAGGCUACAAGUGCAAUGCUAUUGAGUGCCCUGACUCAUACACUCGAGACACGGAACAUAAGAACCGAUGCAAGAAGGCCCCAGUGUUUUGCCGAGAUGAUGACGAGACAUGUCGCCGGCAGCCACUGAGCUACUCCUAUAACUUCUUGCCAUUAGUGAGCAAUUUGACUCUUCCACCAACGGGACAAGUAGAUCUCUUCACCAUGAGAGGUCCUCUUUGGUCAUAUACCACAGUGCAGUUUGACUUGGAGUUGGAAUCUGCCCGCGCACCUCUGGGUGUUGAAGCUGCCAAGAGGGAAUUCUUCCAUUUAAAACGAACCUCCUAUAAUCAAGCAGUUAUCUCUCUUGUAAGGCCAAUAACUGGCCCACAGGAAGUGCAAUUAGCUCUAAAUAUGCAGCUGUAUCAUCAAGGGGCUUUUGGAGGAUCUGCUAUUGCAAAACUUCUUAUUUAUGUGUCUGAAUAUGAUUUCUAAUAUGUAAAGUAUAUUUAAAUAUGAAAUCUAAAAUCUUAAACAAUAUCUUUUUAGUUGGUGUUGUAAUACAAAAUAAAUAAUUAAAAAGAUACAAAAAAUA